GCGGGGGGAGCCCCCCGGCGGGUCUGCGCCUUUCCUCUGUUUCCGCUUUUCCACGCUAACGGAGAGCUUCCGUCAACACUUACUCUCUUUCCUGGUUUUGGGACUCCCAGGAGGCGGUGGGAAGGAGAGCCUGUCUGCAGGGAUUAGGGCAAAGCCUCAGAGGGUGAAGGCGGGACUUCCGCAGGAAGUGACGCGACAGUCGCGGCCGCGGACAGGUGGAACGGCAGGUGGGUUCAGGUGCCAGCCUGGCGUGGACCGGCUGAGGCCGACGCUUCCGGUGAGCGACAGCGGCAGCUCCCAAGGGCCCAGAGACCCUUGGGGUGGGCUCUGGGAUCUGAGCUCAGCACCCUGGCCUGGAGGUCCCCCUUUUACUUAUGCCCCAUCCCCUUGUCGAGCUGGACCAUUAGCCCGUCCGCCUCAACUCUCGGAACCAUGUUUUCAGACUUGGACUAUGACAUCGAGGAGGAUAAACUUGGAAUCCCCACUGUGCCUGGGAAAGUGACCCUGCAGAAGGAUGCCCAGAACCUCAUCGGGAUCAGCAUUGGAGGAGGGGCCCAGUACUGCCCUUGCCUCUAUAUAGUCCAGGUAUUUGACAACACCCCGGCAGCCCUGGACGGCACGGUGGCAGCUGGCGAUGAGAUCACCGGCGUCAAUGGCAGGUCAAUCAAAGGAAAAACGAAGGUGGAGGUGGCUAAGAUGAUCCAGGAGGUGAAGGGGGAGGUGACGAUCCACUACAACAAGCUGCAGGCAGACCCCAAGCAGGGCAUGUCCCUGGACAUUGUGCUGAAAAAGGUGAAGCAUCGGCUGGUGGAGAACAUGAGUUCGGGGACUGCAGACGCCCUGGGCCUGAGCCGGGCCAUCCUCUGCAAUGAUGGGCUUGUCAAGAGACUGGAGGAGCUGGAGCGGACUGCGGAGCUGUAUAAAGGGAUGACUGAGCACACAAAGAACCUCCUCCGGGCUUUUUAUGAGCUGUCACAGACACACCGGGCCUUUGGGGACGUGUUCUCUGUGAUUGGGGUGCGGGAGCCGCAGCCGGCUGCGAGCGAGGCCUUUGUGAAGUUCGCCGAUGCCCACCGCAGCAUUGAGAAGUUUGGCAUCCGGCUGCUGAAAACCAUCAAGCCGAUGCUGACAGACCUGAACACGUACCUCAACAAAGCCAUCCCAGACACUCGCCUCACCAUCAAGAAGUACCUGGACGUGAAAUUUGAGUACCUGUCCUACUGCCUGAAGGUGAAGGAGAUGGAUGAUGAGGAGUACAGCUGCAUUGCUCUCGGGGAGCCCCUCUACCGCGUGAGCACUGGCAACUACGAGUACCGCCUCAUCUUGCGCUGCCGCCAGGAGGCUCGCACCCGCUUCUCCCAGAUGCGCAAGGACGUGCUGGAGAAGAUGGAGCUGCUGGACCAGAAGCAUGUCCAGGACAUCGUGUUCCAGCUGCAACGCUUCGUGUCCACCAUGUCCAAGUACUACAACGACUGCUACGCGGUGCUGCGGGACGCCGACGUCUUCCCCAUUGAGGUAGACCUGGCACACACCACGCUGGCCUAUGGCCUCAGCCAGGAGGAGUUCACCGACGGGGAGGAGGAGGAAGAGGAGGAGGAGGACACGGCUGCCAGAGAGCCACCCAGGGAUGCUCGGGGGGCAGCCGGGCCCCUGGACAAGGGUGGAAGCUGGAGUGAUUCCUGAGUGCCCCCGUGGGGUGCGGAUCUGGGGGGUAGGGUGCGUGGGAGGAAAGGAGCGCGGGAAUGGGGCUGUGGCGCAUAAAGGCCUGCUGGCUUGGGGCGCCUGCCUGCCUGCUCCUCUGUCCUAGCACAGCAAACCCGGCUUCUGCCCGAGACAGGCGGUGGCUGUGGCCUGGACCUGGACGCUGACCUCCCACCGCCCUCCCAACCUCCCUGUCAGAUGGAGAGCCUGAACUUUGGAUCUGCCUUAGGAAGGUGUGAGGGCAGAAAGGAAGAGGGGCUGGAGGCGGCGGGAAAUCCAGGGCCUGUUCCUCACCACUUUCCCACUGGCGUAGGGGAGGGCCAGGGACAGACAGCCGAGGCCGGGGCCAGCGUCUCAUGUCCAUCCUGCCUCGUCCCAGGCCGGCCCCACCCGGCCACAUUCCCACCUCUGUGGCCUUUAUUUAUUUAUUUUCCUCUCCUGGCUCAGCCACUUCUGGGGUGAAGGGCUUGGGUGCUGGGCCUGUACUGAAUAAACACAAACCUGGAUGGA